GUAAGAGGUACUAUUGGUCUUCUGCUAAAGAAAGGCCGACAAAGUGCAUUGAAAAAGCUGAGGGAUGGUGACGUUGCAGACGAGCAAUUACGAAGCUGGAUCGUGGACGAAAUGGACAAUGUGAACUCGAAGCUAGAUGCAAUGGCAAGGAAAGAUCUCGGGGCGAGCAUUUCCCAUUUCAAACAAGGCGUGAUCCUCCUAAAUAAAGCAAUGAAUACGAAAACGAGCGGCAAAGAUAGUUUGAACGUUGUUCCUGCUGCAGUGGGAAGAGAUGAAGACAUGAAGAAGACAAGCAUUGCAAAAACAAUCCAAACAUUACUUCUGAAGCAGGAGAUAAGGAGGCAUCUUGGUCCGGGAAGUUUUUCUCAUUUGCGAAUCCACUGGGAAGUCUCUUUGUAAAGGGUAAAAAGGAAGAGAAAAAGUCAGACAACGCUUCUCAAACAACAGAGGAAAUGAUGGCUGGAGCCGCCGAGAAAAACGAAUCAUCUACCCUCAGAGGGGAACUAAUGAAGCUGAAUUUAAACAGUCUUGAUGAGAAUGCAAUGCUGGACGCAAAGAAAAGGUUUGACGAUGCGCGACGAAAAGCAACAGAUGCUUUUUGCAAUGAAGUUCUAAACCCUGUAGACCGUAUCCUUGCCAUGGGUGUUCGUUUAAUGGCAGCGUUACUGGAAAAAGUGGAUAAUCCAGUUAAUUCUUUAGACUUGUGUAUAUCUGACCUCAACGAACUACACUCGCAACCGUUUGUUAAAGAGAAUUUUAGACUUGAGCUCUGGAAAGGCAUAAAGUCAAGGUUCAGCAAAGGAGAACGAAAGCAAAUUGUUUCCAUGGUCUGUCAAAUAAAUCGCAUCAUUUAUGAGUUUACGUCCCUGGUACGAACUGAAGAUCAAACGUUCUACUUUUUGCCCUGCGUUCAAGUCGGAGAAGUGGAGAUCGAUCCUCUGCGUGACUCAAGAAUGUUAAAAACGCUGCGUAAACAAAAAUUGGGUGACUGUUCUUUGGCUUGGUCAUUUGGUCAAGAGGGCCAACAAGAAAACCAAGAGCUUAAGUCAGCGGUUAGUAUAGCAACCAAUACCGCUGGGGAAUUUCUCGUCGUCGAUAGCAAGGAUAAGUGUGUUAACAAAUAUGACAUUUAUGGCAAUUUAACAAUUUCUGGGCAUACGGAGAACAUGACAGACUUUGGCAUAGUUGCUGCAGCAACUGACAGCGAUGACAGCAUUUAUGUUUUGCUGAGUAGCGUGGAUUUUAGCAAUAAUCGUGCUUUACGUGCGCGUGUUUGCGUGUUCGAUCCGUUGCUUCAGUUGAAACAUGAGUUUGCUGUCGGAAGUAACUUAGAAGCCGUGACAGUGAAGACAACAAAUAAUCAUGUGCUUCUUGUACCUGGCAGUUUCGACCCUGGCCGUGUUACGCCUAGCGCGUCACUAGUGGGGACUCUUAAAGAGGUUUAUAUGGUGACUAGCGACCCCAGUGGAAAGGAAAUUUGUCAAUUUUCCAUAAAAACCUGUGGUAAAAUUCAAGACAUCAUAGCUGGUGACAACUGCAUUAUGGUCUUAAAUGUUGAAUCCGUGGUCUUCGUGUUUACCAGCUCUAACGAUAGUCCCGUUUCAUAUCUCGUUGAGACGUUUCUCGUGCAGGUCAAUGCUCGAGCUAUAACGUAUCACCCAAGAAGCAAACACGUAAUCGUAGCCUCACAGACUAAGUCGUACCGCUCACAACUGCUGUUUUACAGUAAGAAAGGCAAACUUGAACGCAGCAUAGAUCUUGAUGUGGAGAAGGGCUACGAGAUAACUGCAGCGGCGGUCACAAGAGAUGGACGCAUC